GCGUGCCAGAGCGCAAGGAAGCUGCGACGCGGAGUUUCACUCUGGCUGUCUUCUCUUCAGAGUCCCAGACGCGGCCGAAGUCGUGUCCAGGCCAAGCCAGAGCUGCAGCCUCAGGGCGGCGGUGCCCUCAUCCUGCCCCCUCGCCCUCCUCAGCCCGGUGCCUUGGAAUUCGUGUCGCUGAGUCAGCAAGCCUUUCAGAUUUGCCUGGUUUUUGUUGUCUGCGUUUUAUAUCAAGAUGGGAACUCGAACAAGUCAUUCCUCCUAAGGAUCUGGUGUCUCCAUCAAGAAGGGGCAGUUUGUGCCAGCCCUCCAGAGAGAAAAGGUCUGCUGGAAACACUGGGCGAUGAACCGGAGACACCAGCCCAGAGUGGUCUGAGCCAUUUGGGAAAGCAGAGGGAGUCCUGGGGAAGAUGGCCAUGGCCCCAAGCUCUUCCCUAACUCAGGCGUACACCAGCCCUGUGGUAGUGGCCGUGUGGGAAUGGCAGGAUGGGCUGGGCACCUGGCACCCCUAUAGUGCCACUGUCUGCAACUUCAUCGAGCAGCAGUUUGUCCAGCAGAAGGGCCAGCGCUUUGGGCUGGGGAGCCUGGCCCACAGCAUCCCCUUAGGCCAAGCUGACCCCUCGCUGGCCCCUUACAUCAUUGACCUCCCCAGCUGGACCCAGUUCCGCCAAGACACAGGCACCAUGCGGGCUGUGCGGAGGCACCUGUUCCCCCAACAUUCAGCCUUGGGCCGGGGCAUCGUCUGGGAGUGGAUGAACGACGAUGGCUCCUGGAUGGCCUAUGACGCCAACGUGUGUGACUAUCUGGAGCAGCAGGUGGCCAGGGGCAUCCAGCUCGUGGACUUGGCGCCUCUGGGGUACAACUACGUCGUCAACUAUGCCACCCACACACAAACCAACAAGACUUCAAACUUCUGCCGUAGUGUGCGGCGCCAAGCAGGUCCCCCUUACCCAGUGACCUCCAUCAUCGCCCCACCAGGCCACACGGGAGUCGCCUGCUCUUGCCAUCAGUGCCUCAGCGGCGGCGGAACUGGCCCUGUGUCAGGUCGCUACCGCCACUCCAUGACCAGCCUUCCUGCAUACCCUGUCCCCCAGCCUCCCCAAAGGACUGCUGUUUUCGGUGCCCACCAGGCCUUUGCCCCAUACAAUAAGCCCUCACUCUCUGGAGCUAGGUCUGCGCCCAGGCUGAACACCACCAACCCCUGGGGUGGUUUGCCAGCCUCCUUGGGGAACCAGCCCCUUUACUGCUCCAGCCUCUCCCACCUGGGACCUCAGCACCAUCCCCCAGGAUCAUCCACUGCCAGUGGAGCCAGUGCCUCCUUCCCCAGCGGUCCUGUGAGCAACCCUGUGAGCAACCCCGGAAGCAUCCCCGCCACUGUGCCCAUGCAGAUGACAAAGCCCAGCAGGGUCCAGCAAGCCCUUGCAGGCAUGACGAGUGUUCUGAUGUCAGCCAUCGGACUCCCUGUGUGUCUUAGCCGCGCACCUCAGCCCGCCAGCCCUCCCGCCUCCUGUCUGGCCUCUAAAAGUCACAGCUCAGUUAAGAGAUUGAGGAAAAUGUCCAUGAAAGGAGGGCCUCCAAAGCCAGAGCCAGAGCAGGUGAUAAGAAACUAUACUGAAGAGCUAAAAACAGCCCCGGAUGAGGACUGCAUCAUCUGCAUGGAGAAACUGUCUGUGGCGUCUGGGUACAGUGAUGUGACCAACAGCAGGACUGUCGGGCCCAUGGCUGUGGGCUGCCUCACCAAGUGCAGCCACGCCUUCCACCUGCUCUGCCUGCUGGCCAUGUACUGCAACGGGAACAAGGAUGGAAGUUUACAGUGUCCUUCCUGCAAAACCAUCUAUGGGGAGAAAACUGGGACCCAGCCUCGGGGGAAGAUGGAAGUGUUCAGCUUCCAGGUGUCCCUCCCUGGCCAUGAGGACUGCGGGACGAUACUCAUAGUUUACAACAUUCCUCACGGCAUUCAGGGCCCUGAGCACCCCAACCCUGGGAAGCCAUUCACCGCCAGAGGGUUUCCCCGCCAGUGCUACCUUCCGGACAAUGCCCAGGGCCGCAAGGUCCUAGAGCUACUGAAGGUGGCCUGGAAAAGGCGGCUUAUCUUCACAGUGGGCACGUCCAGCACCACAGGCGAGACUGACACGGUGGUGUGGAAUGAGAUCCACCACAAGACCGAGAUGGACCGCAACGUGACAGGCCAUGGCUACCCCGAUCCCAACUACCUGCAGAACGUGCUGGCUGAGCUGGCCGCUCAGGGGGUGACUGAGGACUGCCUGGAGCAGCAGUGACCCUCCAGCCUGGCAGCCAGUGCCCCGUCCCCACUGCCAGCCGGGCUGCCCUGGGAUGGACAGGCAGGAAGGUGCCUUUACUUGGAGGCUGAAAUGUUUGUUGGGGAGGGUGGGCAUUUUCCACCGGAGCUGGGGCUUCUCCCGUUUGCCUUUCCUCCUUCCUCUCCCCCUCCAGGCCUGGAUCUGCAUGGGAAUUGGGCAAGCCUGGGGAGUUGUUCUUGUGGGGGCUUACGACGCAGCUACCUCAGUGCUGGGGGCCUGGCGUGGGCUGAGGGGAGAUGGCCCCAGCCCCAGUCGGGGGCUGGCAUGGGUCUGGGUCAGCUUCUCAUACCUCAGAUGUUCUGUUUGCAAUAAAUGCCUAAUAGCCAAA